AUGCUCCGGCCAUUCGUCUGCAACUACUCGGCAUGUGACCGCGCCUUUGCUCGCAAGAGUGAUCUCGCUCGUCACUACCGUAUCCACACCAAUGAGAGGCCAUUCACGUGCCAGUUCCGCGGCUGCGGCAAGGCUUUCAUUCAACGCUCGGCAUUGACAGUUCACACUCGUGUGCACACUGGCGAGCGCCCCCACCAUUGCGAGACAUGCAACAAGGCCUUCGCCGACUCCAGUUCGCUCGCCCGCCACCGUCGCAUCCACACCGGCAAGAGACCGUAUGGCUGCAAGGUACCUGGCUGUGGGCGCCAGUUUGCUCGUCGUAACACUUACCUCAAGCACUUCAAGCGCCAGCACCCUGAGCUUCCUCCUCCCACCUCCAACUCUGUCCGCGCCCUCCACAUUCCCCCUUCUCGCUACCCAACCCAGCCCUUUCUCAACGGGGGCUCCUCUGGACAGGCAGCUGGAGGACCUACCCCCCAGUACGCCACCCCAAACUCGGUCAAUGGUCCCCCCCACGCCUUCGCCGCCUCUCACCCGCCAGAGGGCGCGGCGUACUCCUACGCAGGCGGAUUCGUCAACGGACAGCUCCACAGUAGCCAGCUCGCCCCUUCCGGGCCCCUCCGUCCCUACUUCCACGACCCGGCCGACACGCAAACGGGUGGUCAACCCGGAGGAGGCCAGGCCUUCUCCAAUGGCGGGUCCGAGUCGUCCCCAGCAGGCAACCAAGCGGGCCAGGGUGACCGCUCCGCCGAGUCACAGCAGCAGCAGCAACAGCAGCAGCAGCAGCAGCCCCCCAACGGUGCCUUUGGUUAUGACCACGCCGCGCAGAACGGCGGCCAGUUCAACGGCCCAGGCAACGGCUACAGCAACGACCAGUCGGUCUUUGCCUACCAGGAUAACUCGCUCUCGCGCCUCCAGAACGGCAACAUGAUGUACUUCAAGCAGGAGCCGCACGCCAUGCACCGCUUCCCGACCGACCCGAACCACAUGCCAGUCAUGCCCCAGGGUCCAUGGGGUGGUGUCGGCGGUGGCUUCGCUCCCGGCCAGCUCGCUCUUCCGCCCAUGCCCCUCGGAUACUACCCCGGUUCCCAGCAGAUCAACGCCAUCAAGACUGAGCACAAGCUUACCGAACAACAGCGCCUCAUCCAGUCGCCGCUCUCGGAGCGUGCUGCCAGCCCCGAGCUCGUCGAGCUCACGAGCGUCCCGACCAUCAAGUUCCAGCCUCCGGCGCCUCCUCCCAACUACCCCAUGGCCUUCUCAGCUGUUGAGCACAGUCACCUUGGUUCUCAGAUGCCCGGUGCUGGUAUCCAGCACUUCCCCGGUGGCCACCCCCAGCUCCACAACCCCCCGCCGCAGAUGCAGCGCUUCCACUCGGCGCCCGCUGUCCCCACUCUGUCGCAGCAGUGGGAGGGUCUCGACGGGCUCCGAGCACCGUCGGGUGCCUACGCCGACCCUCGGCUUCAGCGUCGCGUCAGCGAAGCAAGUGAGGCCGCCAAGAGCCCCGCUUCUGAGGCCGAUGCCGAUACCGAGGCCAACCAGAACAAGGCCGCGGCGGUGGCCAAGGACCAGCAGGUCAAGGCAGAGUGGAACCAGCACCCUGCCUACCCCUCUGUCGCCGGUGCCCGCCCCAACCAGUACCGCUACGCCUCGUCGACAUCCAUUGCCUCGACGACCUCGUCCCUCAUCAAUGCGACUGCCACACCGCAGGGCUUGCCACCCAUUUCCAUCUUCCCUGCCGUCCACGGCCAGCCAGUGUACCCCCCACCAAUGGGUGCGCCUCAGCACUGGAACGGCCCUCCCAAGGAGCCCCAGAUCCUCUCACCCAUGCUCGUUAGGCCGUUCUUCGCCCACCCCAACGGUGGUGAGGACCCCAACGCUCAGGCCGAGCACAACAUCACCCUCUCCACUCCUCAGCUUGCCUCUCGCGACAGGCAAGUGAGUGGCGUGUCCGCAGUCGGACUCGGCAUUGCCAGUGUCACCUUCCACGACCGUGACGGUUCGGAUGGCGAGGAUGACCCGGCCUGGGAUGGCUCGGAUGCCGGCUCAUUCGAGGGAGAGGAGGAGCUCGAGUCGGACGAGGAUGACGACGGAGACGGUGACGACGACUCGGAUGACGAGUUUGUCCUCAACCCCAAGGCGAAUACCAAGCGCAAGUCGACAAACAUCAAGAAGGGUCGUGGUGGUCGUCCUCCCGCCAAGGCGCGACGAGUUGCCGCAUGA